AUUUGUGAGAAAGUCCCGAGAGACGUGAGAUGUCGCGAGAUUUCGUAGACAAGCAACAAGAAGACGCAGGAAAUAUGGCGGCGCUCGCGGUGGUAGAAACUCCAUCAGGAAAAGAUGCCAUCGCAGAAGGACUUUUUGAUUUGUUAAAACCUGCAGUACAGCAACUCGAUCUUCAUGUGCAUGCGGUGAGGGAGAGUCAAGUGGAGCUCCGUGAGCACAUUGACAACUUGGCAACUGAGCUGUGUAGAAUUAACGAACACCAGAAAGUCGCUCUGGACUUGGAUCCUUAUGUGAAGAAGCUGCUCAAUGCCAGGCGCAGAGUUGUUUUGGUCAACAACAUCCUACAGAAUGCACAAGAGCGUUUGAGAAGGUUGAACCAUAACGUGGUGAAGGAGACCGCACGCCGGAAAACCAUGCUUGAAACAUCCGGAGCGUUUUCCACACGUUCUCCUAGCAAGCCAUGAUGAGUGGCAAUUUAAGAGAGGACACUGCACGAUGAAAUAAAGUGAAGCUGUGUAUCAGAGAUGCAGUGGAUUAUGCACAGGAUGGACUGAUGUACAGCACUGAGGCUUGUGUACAUCUAGAACCAGCCGAAGAGCCUGCUGUGUACAGAGAGCUGUUAUACUGUAUAUGCACAAGAUAGUUGGGUAUGCAUAAUGAUUAAUAUUGAUUAGCUUUGAUUUGCACCUGGCUUUACCUCUCCUGAUCUAUGUAUUUGUCGCUCAGUACUGCUGUUUGUAUCUUCACAUGCCAGAAAGCAUGCUCACAUGUAACAGAAACGGGUGCUACCCUCAAACUAAUUCUUCUAAUCCUUUCUUAAACCAGUAGCCAAGGUCAGUAGAAAGCUAGCUGACAUUAGGCUGUCUUAUCCUGAUAUCAUGACAAGCUAGCUUGUGUUAGGCUAACUGCUGUGUUGCGUUGUGUAAUAGUUCUGUUUGAGAGAGAGAGACUGAGAGAGAGAGAGAGACUGAGCGAGAGAGAGAGACUGAGCGAGAGAGACUGAGCGAGAGAGACUGAGCGAGUGAGUGAGAGUGAGUGAGUGAGUGAGAGUGAGUGAGUGAGUGAGUGAGAGUGAGUGAGUGAGUGAGAGUGAGUGAGUGAGUGAGUGAGAGAGAGAGACUGAGCGAGAGAGACUGAGCGAGAGAGACUGAGCGAGAGAGAGAGAGUGAGUGAGUGAGUGAGAGAGAGUGAGUGAGAGAGAGUGAGUGAGAGAGAGUGAGUGAGAGAGAGUGAGAGAGAGUGAGUGAGAGAGAGUGAGUGAGAGAGAGUGAGUGAGAGAGAGUGAGUGAGAGAGAGUGAGUGAGUGAGAGAGAGAGAGUGAGUGAGUGAGAGUGAGUGAGUGAGAGAGAGUGAGUGAGUGAGUGAGAGAGAGUGAGUGGGAGAGAGAGAGACUGGGAGAGACUGAGAGAGCGAGAGAGUGACUGGGAGAGAGUGACUGGGAGAGAGAGACUGGGAGAGAGACAGAGAGAGAGAGACUGAGAGAGCGAGAGACUGAGAGAGAGACUGAGAGAGAGAGACUGGGAGAGAGAGACUGGGAGAGAGACAGAGAGCGAGAGACUGAGAGAGCGAGAGACUGAGAGAGCGAGAGAGAGAUAGAUACCUGACAAAGACUGCACUGAGUCAGUAUAUUCCUUUUUAUAUCAUUACCAGAGUGCAAACAUCAGCAUGCUGAGGAACUAGGCUAAAAACUUUGUCCAGGUGAAAUGAAUGCCACGAUCACACACACAGCAACAAAGUGACGGAGAUCGUCCCUUUUCAGUAAGAGCCUACGACUUCUCGACUACAGACUUGAAGACUUAAAUCGAAGCAGUUGUUAACGAAUCGUAAAUUUGCAGACUCCAUUUCAUGUGUUGGCCAAUGGUUUUAUUAAAACGAGUGAUUUUAAGGAACUGUAGAAACUAUACUGUCGUCUAAACGUCUUCUCACGGGAAACGCUAGAAGUUAUCGUUUGUUUGUUUUGAAUCGCUUUUAUUAGUUGUAGAUUAUGUGUCUGGCUGACGGUUUGUUUUUGUUUUUUUGUGGAACCCGUUGCCGUAAUGAUUCAGAAUGAGCGUGUUAAUGUAAACCUGUGAUUUGCAGAUUAAACAACACCCUUGAUCCAGAAAAAGGCUGAUUCUCAUUUCAGUGUUGUGAAGAUAACAGAUUCAGGGAGUGUUAUUUAGGAUUAAAAAAAAUGGUGCUGUAUUGAACCCUUAAAAGAUACAGAUAUAGUUUUGGCUUCUGCUAAAUAAAUCACUGAGAAUAUGAUAA